AUGUCGCUCGUCACCCUGCACGUGUACGACAUCACCAACACCCAGUACGAGGCGGCGAACGCCUCCAUCCAGGGCCUGAACCGAUUCACCAAGGACAUCCUCGGGGCUGGGGGAAUCUUCCACGGCGCCGUGGAGGUGAACGGCGACGAGUGGUCGUUCGGGUACUGCGACCGGGGCAGCGGAGUGUACUGCUGCAGGCCGAGGGGGAACACGGGAUACACGUACAGGGAGAGUAUUCCCCUCGGGGUCACGGCGCUCUCGCCCGCGCGAGUGCGAAACAUCCUGGGCGCGCUGCAGGCGGCGUGGCAAGGGCACGAGUACGACCUCCUCGCGCGAAACUGUAACCACUUCUGCGAGGCGUUCGCCGAGAUGCUCGGCGUCGGGUCGUUGCCGGCGUGGGUCAACAGGUUCGCGUCGCAGGCGGACGCGACGGUC